CCUUACUUCCGGUCACUGCAUUCCAUUUCACACAAAGGAAGCCUCAGUAUCCGUAGAGAUCAGAGGAUGGAGAAGGACAGGAGUCACAGGACUGAGAGGAUAAUAAAUAUCACCCUGGAGAUCAUCUACCUGCUGACUGGGGAGGAUUACACAGUAGUGAAGAAGACAUCCAAUGAGUGUGAGAUACUCAACAGUCAUCCCCGUGAGUCAGGAGGACAAAGUAGAACCCAGAGCCCCAUCCCAGUGCCUCCACCUCACUCACUAAUACAUAAGAGACACAAUGACCAGAAGAUCCUGGAACUCACCAACAGGAUCAUUCAGCUGAUGACUGGAGAGGAGGGGGAGUAUAUAGAGGAACACAGGGGUCUGUACAAGGACGUGAUGAUGGAGAAUCACCGGCCCCUCACAUCACUGGUUGGGCCCAGUAACAGAGAUACCCCAGAGAGAUGUCCCCGUCCUCUGUAUUCCCAGGACUGUACAGAGGAGAAUCACAGGAUCCCACAGGAGGAUCAGGGUGAAGCCCAAUUAAAUAAUAUUAAAAUAAAAGAUAUAGAGGGAGAAGAAGAGACGUAUGUGACUGAUAUAAAGGCAGAAGAUAUAGAAGGAGAAGAAGAGACGUAUGUGACUGAUAUAAAGGCAGAAGAUCUAGAGGGAGAAGAAGAGACGUAUGUGACUGAUAUAAAGGCAGAAGAUACAGAGGGAGAAGAAGAGACGUAUGUGACUGAUAUAAAGGCAGAAGAUACAGAGGGAGAAGAAGAGAUAUAUGCGACUGAUUUAAAGGCAGAAGAUAUAGAAGGAGAAAAAGAGACGUAUGUGACUGAUAUAAAGGCAGAAGGCAUAGAUGGAGAAGAAGAGACGUAUGUGACUGAUAUGAAUUCAGAAGAUAUAGAGGGAGAAGAGACGUAUGUGACUGAUAUAAAGGCAGAAGAUAUAGAGGGAGAAGAAGAGAUGUAUGUGACUGAUAUAAUGACAGAAGAUAUAGAGGGAGAAGAAGAGAUGUAUGUGACUGAUAUAAAGGCAGAAGAUAUAGAGGGAGAAGAAGAGACGUAUGUGACUGAUAUAAAGGCAGAAGAGACGGAGGGAGAAGAAGAGAUGUAUGUGACUGAUAUAAAGGCAGAAGAUAUAGAGGGAGAAGAAGAGACGUAUGUGACUGAUAUAAAGGCAGAAGAUAUAGAGGGAGAAGAAGAGACGUAUGUGACUGAUAUGAAGGCAGAAGAUAUAGAGGGAGAAGAAGAGACGUAUGUGACUGAUAUAAAGGCAGAAGAUAUAGAGGGAGAAGAAGAGACUUAUGUGACUGAUAUGAAGGCAGAAGAUAUAGAGGGAGAAGAAGAGACGUAUGUGAGGGGUGAUCAGCAGUGUAAGGAGUUGGAGAUCCCUAAAGAUAUCAGCACAGCAGAUGGACACACAAGCAGGAAUAUCUCAGAAGGACAUCUAAUGUUAUCGCUGGAUUGUGAAAGAAGAGAUAAUGACAGUAGACAGGAUUCUUCAGGAGCUAAUCCCAUUACCCCAAUUAUUCAUCCAACUCUAUCAACUGAUCCCUCUGAUCCUGGGAAAUGUUCUCCUGAUCACUCUGAUAUUGGUGCAUCUGUUACAGCUCUGACAGUAGAUACAGUGUUUCCCUAUUCUAUAGAUGUCAAAUAUUUUACACAGAACACUAAGCCUAUUAACCCACAGGCAGGUGAGAGGCCAUUUCCGUGUUCUGAUUGUGGGAAAUGUUUUACAUACAAAUCGAAUCUUCUUAGACAUCACAGAAGUCACACAGGUGAGAAGCCAUUUCCAUGUUCUGAGUGUGGGAAAUGUUUUGCACACAAAUCAGAUCUUGUUCAACAUCACAGAAGUCACACAGGUGAGAGGCCAUUUCCAUGUACUGAGUGUGGGAAAUGUUUUGCACGGAAAUCACAUCUUGUUGAACAUCAGAGAAGUCACACAGGUGAGAAGCCAUUUCCAUGUUCUGAGUGUGGGAAAUGUUUUGCACACAAAUCAGAUCUUGUUUCACAUCAGCGAAGUCACACAGGUGAGAAUCCAUUUCCAUGUUCUGAGUGUGGGAAAUGUUUUGCACACAAAUCAGAUCUUCUUAGACAUCAGAGAAGUCACACAGGGGUGCAGCCAUUUUCUUGCUCUGAGUGUGGGAAAUGUUUUUCCUGGAAAUCGCAACUUGUUACACAUCAGCGAAGUCACACAAGUGAGAAGCCAUUUCCAUGUUCUGAGUGUGGGAAAUGUUUUGCACAGAAAUCACUUCUUGUUAUACAUCAGAAAAGUCACACAGGUGACAAUCCAUUUUCUUGCUCUGAGUGCAGGAAAUGUUUUACCCAGAAAUCACUACUUGCUACACAUCAGCGAAGUCACACAGGUGAGAAGCCAUUUCCAUGUUCUGAGUGUGGGAAAUGUUUUGCACACAAAUCAGAUCUUGUUAAACAUCACAGAAUUCACACAGGUGAGAAGCCAUUUCCAUGUUCUGAGUGUGGGAAAUGUUUUGCACACAAAUCAGAUCUUGUUAAACAUCACAGAAUUCACACAGGUGAGAAGCCAUUUCCAUGUUCUGAGUGUGGGAAAUGUUUUGCACACAAAUCAGAUCUUGUUUCACAUCAGCGAAGUCACACAGGUGAGAAGCCAUUUCCAUGUUCUGAGUGUGGGAAAUGUUUUGCACACAAAUCAGAUCUUGUUACACAUCAAAGAAGUCACACAGGUGAGAAGCCAUUUCCAUGUUCUGAGUGUGGGAAAUGUUUUGCACACAAAUCAGAUCUUCUUAGACAUCAGAGAAGUCACACAGGUAAGAAGCCAUUUUCUUGCUCUGAGUGUGGGAAAUUUUUUGCACUCAAAUCAUUUCUUGUUAGACAUCACAGAAUUCACACAGGUGAGAAGCCAUUUCCAUGUUCUGAGUGUGGGAAAUGUUAUGCACACAAAUCAGAUCUUGUUUCACAUCAAAGAAGUCACACAGGUGAGAAGCCAUUUCCAUGUUCUGAGUGUGGGAAAUAUUUUGCACACAAAUCAAAUCAUCUUAGACAUCAGAGAAGUCACACAGGUGAAAAGCCAUUUUCUUGCUCUCAGUGUGGGAAAUGUUUUUCCCGGAAAUCAAAACUUGUUAUACAUCAGCGAAGUCACACAGUUGAGAAUCCAUUUCCAUGUUCUGAGUGUGGGAAAUGUUUUACACAGAAAUCACAUCUUGUUAAUCAUCAGCAAAGUCACACAGGUGAGAGGCUAUUUCCAUACUCUGAGAAAUAAAUCAGCUCUUGUUGCACAAAAUA